AUGCAAAGCAAGAGUUGGCAUGGCGAAGGAGAUCUUAAAUCUCUGGAUCCAAUCCCAGUGGACUUGUUGUUCCAGAUCCUCUUGAUAUUGCCUGCGAAAUCUGUAGCCAGGUUCGUUGGCGUGUCAAAGUUAUGGGCAACAAUCAUCCGCAGUCGUGAUUUUAGAUCCUAUUCGUUUAGGUCUUCUCCACAGAAGCAUCCUCGAUUCCUCUUGGCCAUCAACAAACAAAUAGAGGGUAAUCAAGAACACUGGUGCUUCUCUCCAAGUCAACCCGGUUUCGUAUCCAGAACCGAACCAGAUGGCUACCCAAAGGAAGAGUCGGAAACCUAA